CUGUGGAGAUCGCGCCGGCUGCCCCGCUGUUGCCGCCGCAGCCGCCGCCACCAAAAGCGGCGGCAGUAGGAGCGGCGAUGCCAUUUUUCAUACUCUUAGCGGAGCGGCCGGUGCUGCGCGGAAACGCGGGCACGACGCGCUGAGGCCGUGGCCCUCGCUGGGUCAGGAGGAAGAGGAGAAGGAGCAGGGAGGCUGCUCGGGCCCGGCGGCCAUGGUGGAGCUGCAGGAGAUGGACUGCAGCGUGCUCCAGCACCUCUUGCACCGGGGCGAGAGCGGCGGCCACGGCCAGGGCAGCGCGGCUCCUCCGCCCGCGGGAAAGUGCCUCCUCCUGGAUUGCAGGCCCUUCUUGGCGCACAGCGCCGGCUACAUCCGCGGCGCGCUCAACGUGCGCUGCAACACCAUCGUCCGGCGCCGCGCCAAAGGCGCCGUCAGCCUGGAGCAGAUCCUGCCCGCCGAGGACGAGGUGCGCGCCCGCCUCCGCUCGGGGCUCUACUCGGCCGUGGUCGUGUACGACGAGCGGAGCCUGCGGGCCGAGUCUCUGCGAGAGGACAGCACCGUCUCGCUGGUGGUGCGGGCGCUUCGCAGGGACACGGAGCACACCGACAUCCGCCUGCUGAAAGGUGGCUAUGAGAGGUUUCAUUCAGAAUACCCAGAAUUUUGUGCAAAGAUGACAUCUCCUACAACUGUAUUGACCUCGCCCAGUGUGGAACACCUUGAACACAGCUGCAGUUCCUGUGGGACACUGCAACAUGACCAGGGUGGCCCAGUGGAAAUCCUCCCUUUCCUCUUCCUUGGCAGUGCACAUCACGCCGCUAGGAGAGACAUGCUGGACGCGCUGGGGAUCACGGCCUUGCUCAAUGUUUCAUCAGACUGCCCAAACCACUUUGAGGGAGACUUUCAGUACAAAUGCAUUCCAGUGGAAGAUAACCACAAAACUGACAUCAGCUCCUGGUUCAUGGAAGCCAUUGAGUACAUAGACUCUGUGAAGCUUUGUCACGGCCGGGUCCUCGUGCACUGCCAAGCUGGUAUCUCCCGAUCAGCCACCAUCUGCUUGGCCUACCUGAUCAUGAAGAAGCAGGUGAAGCUUGAGGAGGCCUUCGAGUUCGUCAAGCAACGCCGCAGCAUCAUCUCGCCCAACUUCAGCUUCAUGGGACAGCUGCUUCAGUUUGAAUCCCAGGUGCUGGCCCCGUCCUGUGCGGCUGAGGCUGCCAGUCCUUCCGCAACAUUCCGAGAGAGGGGCAAGAGCUCCUCCACCCCGACGUCCCAGUUUGUCUUCAGUUUCCCCGUCUCCGUGGCAGUGCAUUCCACCCCUGGCAGCCUUCCCUACCUGCACAGCCCCAUCACCACCUCCCCUACUUGCUAGAGGUGGCCUCUGUGGGUUGCACUCUGGGAGGACAAAGGACUUCAGCCCCAUGGGCCGCCACAUACGGCAAUAAAGUACUCUUCACCCCCAGGCAGCCAACUGGGAUUCCUCCAAAGGCGGAGCAAUAAUGGCUGAUGUUUUAGCUGGAAAGGAACCGGUGGUGUGUGGGGAGGAGGUUCCAGCAUGUUCUUUCUCGGCAGGAUGCCUUACCUCAUUUUUUAAAUAUAUAAUAUAUAUAAUAUAUAUAAUAUAAAAGCUUGAAGUUGUGAAA